AUGGGCGUGUGUAAAUACGCGCGCCAAGAGGCAAAGCCCUCGCACAGCGUGCGCACGUACCACCGCGCGGCGGUGAUUGGUUGCUAUCACUCACGCGCACGCUAUCGACUGAACGCAACGCCGUUUAACUACAGCGGCAGUAGGCACACACAGGCCUUGCCUGACAGACUUUAUUCCGUGCUGGUAGCAGAGGCAGCUGCAAUCGCACAGAUGGGCGAUCGUUUUUACGGCAGAAGGUUGUCCACCCUGUCUAGUGAGUUCAAUGAACGAGCCGCGCCCAGGACCACAGACGGGAGGAAAUAUCAUCACGCUGUGAAGCCAGCACCGCUUUACGCCCAAUUGUCGGAGCUGUACCCAAUGCGCGCGCAUUCGGGGAGUCCUGGUGACUUUCGUUAUCACCCCACAGCUGACAUCAAAAUGCCAGGCUCUGGUCUGACUGCUCACAGUCAAGGACGAAUUGGUGGUGGUGUUAGUGGAGGUGGAGUAUCCAUUCCAGUCCUCCACCUCGACUCACCGGACUACUACACUGGACGCAGUGGGGUCUACACGGGCCGUUUGUCGGGCAACAGUGGGGGGAGUUAUCGAACGGGCGGUGUACUGCGAAAAUCCAGUCCAACCAUCACCAGCCCCACUUCAUUUCCCACGGAUCCUGAAGCGGAAGUUGACGCUCUCACGGAUGCUCUCAUGCAGAAGAUGGAAACACCCAGGUCUGGCGCCAUCAUGUCUCCACAUGAGUCUGCAGCUGAUGGUACUUCUUCACCGGCUGGAAGCAUUCGACGCGGGAGCGGUGGAGCCACCUUGCUACCGUCUCGUGUGACUCGACUUCAACAGCAGGCACAGCAACGCGUCGGUUCACCGAUUACCGUCAGCAAUAACAACAGUGGGAGUCCACUCACCGUGGGUAGUCCACGAACCUCCUCCCCAACAAACUCAUCAGCUUCCAGCGGGGCGACCGACUCCUAUCUGCAGAACAACUGCUUCCGCUGUCGAAGACCUCUGAUACCUCCGGAAUCUGCCACCCUGGGACCGGGCACCCCUACUCCGCCCGUAGUCACCCUGACGGGCGCACUAGCAGUGCGUCUCCACGAGGCGUGCUUCACGUGCUACAUCUGUCGGACGAAGCUGAAUCCUCAGGGCUACUAUCACAGUCUGCAUCGACUCCUCUGUCCAACCUGUGUCCGUGACGGUGCGGUGGAGUCGUGCAAGAAUUGCCGACGGCCGAUUGGAGAGAGGAUUGUUCGAGCACUGGGUGCACCCUACCACCCGGCCUGCUUUGUCUGCUCAGUGUGUCACACCCACUUGGACUCCAAGCCCUUUACUGUGGACGUGCACGGCCGUCCGCUGUGCCUGGACGACUUCCACAAACGCUUCGCACCGCGCUGUACCGCCUGCAAUCGACCGAUCGUGCCAGAGGCGGGUUCGCAUGAGGCACGGCGGGUGGUGGUGGGCGACUCGAACUACCACCUCCUCUGUUGUGGUGUUAAGACAGCCGACUCCAGUGCCUCCACACCCACGCCUUCUAUGGCUACUGCUUGA